UCUCUGUUCAUCAGAAGAAGCUUGUUGCCCAUGUGAACCACAAGGAUUUUGUUCACAGCAUCUUUACAAAUGCAGGCGUCUUAGAAUCGCAAGAAACGGGAAAGCCAGGGGACUUCAACAUCAGUCCUGAUCUGCAGAACAUCAUUGUGACCUACAGUAAUGUAAAGUACGGUCUUUACAGGAUCAAUCUUGCCGAGUACUUCUGCCACAAUCCAAAGCACGUGCUUUCAUCCUGGAGGAAGCAAGAGAUUGUUCAAAAGAAGAGAUCGUUGAAGGUCGACAAGGAUGAGGAUGAGCUUGACUUUACCCGAGGUGCGUCUCCUGUCAACGAGAAAGGCAGACCGAUGAACAGAAGCUGGUGGAACUACCUGGAUGAUCUUAAACUCAAGCUGACAACGGUUGGCGACCACACCAAAGGAGCAGUCGCCAAUUCUUCCGCUGAUGAUAUCAAAACUUGGCAAAGGUGGUAUCUAAUAGCCGAUGGACACCUCUCUGUCGGAAACCCUAGAAGUGUUUGUGCAGAGCAGACUGGUUCAGUCAGGAGGAAUCAUGCCUCGGGGUUUCAUAGGAAGCUUCAAAGGUCACCAGGAUCUACCAUUACACAACAGGACAGGAGUUCAAGAGUUGAAACAAAGACGGAUUCACUGGUGUCCACUGCUGUACGCUGUCCCAAAUUGUGUAAAGGGCUACCAGUGAGGGCGGUAUACGCCAGCAAUUCGUCAGCCAUUGUUUGGUACUGUGGUGCUCUUCAAGCCCAAAGCACCGACAGAUACGGUGGCCUCUGUUUCUUGAAUUUCUCAGACAAUGCAACAAUAUUUGACAGCUUUGAUGAACCGAGUUUGUUGUCUGUCUCUGAUGACCCCACUCAUCCACAUGUGUUAUUAACGCAGUCAGAGGUCAGACUUCUCUCGGUCAACCUAGAACAGGAAUCGGUCGUUAACAAGAUGAUGGUAUACAAGUCAGCUGCGGUGACUGAAGCCCUUUGCCAUCUCAAUAACUGGGACCAUUGUUCCAUUCCUAUCCAUGCUCUGGAGAUUGGACUCAAACAUCGACAGUUGGAUACAAUCGCGUUCUUCCUCAAAAGUAGAGAGAACAUGUUCCGAUUGAAACAGCACACCGCUCCAGUCAGCGUGGCACCCUCAUCCCACAGUGAUCUUUCCUCAAACGAUGCAACACAGCUUUGGUCGGCCAUGGAUCUCCUCUGCCAAGCCAUCGCAGACAAUAUCAAAGAAAUGCAAUCCAAGCAGUACGCUCUCCAGGUCCUGAAUCUUGCCUUGAAUCAUCUCAACAAGCUCAUCCACAAUGCCACCGACUCCCUGGAACAUCUCGGUACAUCCUCUACUUCCUGCAAGGUGACAUCAUCCAUCAAAAGCCCUCUGGAAACUUCAUCUUCUGUAGCUGGCACACCAUCGGUCCAGUCUCGUCUGCAGAGUGACCGGCCUCGGACGGCGCCCAUGGCAGCAUCCCUGGUGGUCAUGACGGAGGGGUUUGAAGGAACUAACCAUGACCUGGAGGAUAUCAUCAAGAAGUUGAUCGGUUACACAGUCAAGCUAAGAGGUCAUCUGAAGGGAACGCCAUCCUGGAUGUUCCCAGACAAGGAUGAAAUAGAUUCAGGUGGUAUGUCUUCCCCCAGUGUAUUCUACACAGGUACAGACAAGUCUAUGGUAGCCACAAUGCACGAUUGGAAAUCCAUGUCUCCACAGGAGAUCAUCCGUGCAGCCAUCUUGAAACGUCAGAUCCCCUUGGCCCAGACGUACCUCAGGAAGCAUCAGUACAAUCUGCAGCUUGAACAGACACAGACGCAGCAAGCUCUCUCGUCACUGGAUUCCAAAGGGCUCCCUCUCUUGGUCGAUAUUGGUCUUGCCCAGGUCUAUGCUUCACUUCUCAAUGCAGAAACGGAGACUGCUUACACAAUGCUUCAAAAUUUGGGAUUCAAUGUCACAGAAGAAAUCAAGAAAAUAUGUCUGUACACUGCAAAUACAGGACUAAGGGACUUCUUGAUUUCCGAGCUAUCCCAAUCUCAAGAUCUGACCAACGAGGAAUCAGAAAUGGUCCACUUUGUUCAUCAGCUUGAACAUCUCUACACCUGUCAGUCGUUUGAAAAAGCCAAGGCCCUCGCUUCAGAAAAGAGCCAGAGGUAUGUGGACGAGAAGCAGAGACAUGAGUUACUCCCUCCAAAUGAUACUGACGCCAAGCAAUAUCUUGAAAACAUCAUCGUAAGAGGGGACAUCUCGGUGUCUGGUGAACCGGCUAACUGUGAGAACUUCAACUAUGGUCAUGUUGUUCUUGAGUGGGUGAGGAGCUGGAAUCAGGAGACGAGGGAUCGCAUCCUCCUUGAGAGACUACUUGCUUCAAAGAAUAAAGAUCCCUCCAUUAACUACAAUCUAAGAGCAGAUUCGGCUUGGUCCUACCUGACGUCACACCACCACUGGGAUCAGCUUAAGCUCUGGAUUAGAUCCAGCUUAUCUCUUAAUCCUGAUCUGUUACCUCCAUCUAUGGAAGCGGUAAACCCAUGGUUACAAGAUCUCCAGCUAAUCCCCAGAGUGGUUCACAGUAUGGGAUCCUGUUUGCCCGAUCUUAGGGAGAAAAUCCUAGAUGAAUUGGCGAGGCAUGGGAUCUUCAGCUCUUCUGAACUGGCAACCUUUGACCUUUUAACCCGACGUCUGAGCAGCACACAGCAGCUGUUCCAGCAUCCGCACCCGCUGGGUCAAAGGUCGGAAACGGUGUCCGUGCUGCCAUCAUACAAGCAGUGGUUCCUGGAUACUUGUAUCAAGAAGAAGUUGCCAGGGCUGUUGUAUGCCUUCUUAGAUUUCUACAGUUUAUGCCUUUCAGAGAAUGAAGUGAUGAGUCUUCAGCUACCCCUAGCCCACUGUCCCUGGCUUGAAAUCAUGCUACAUUUCAGAUGGAUUGGUAGACAGGCAACAGAUCCAUCAUUGGUUUUCCAAGCUAGUCUUUCUAAUGCAAGAUUGUUGAUGCAAGUCACACAGCCAACCAUAUCGGGGCUCCUGGAGUCUGGAUACCCGAUUAUUGCCAUAGCAACGCUACUCUAUGCACCGGGAUCCAUUCCAGAGGCUCUUAGCCCAGCAAGCAAUGAUGAAGAGAGACUAUGGAAGCUGGAUGGUGACAAACUCCAGCAGGCUUUACGUCCUUACCCCAAGCUGCUCUCUGCCGUCUUCCCGCCCUCUAGCAUCGAUGGCAUCAAGCCUCAAGACAUCACAGUUUAUCAACUCCUGCAGGGAAAUUGCCCGUUUGACCCCAGGAAGCUCUUCCUCUGGCAAAGCACCAAUAAGGUCAUCAACCCAGAAGACACAACAAGCGAGAUGCCAUAUUUUUCGGACCCAAUCCUGAUAGAACGCUACGCAUACACCGAAGCGUUCAGCUACACAUACUACCUAAGACAGGGUCGGCCAUCUUUCGCCUACGUCACGUUUAUAACAAGUCUGCUCCAAGAGGGCGCUGCGCUGACAAAGAAAAUAUUAUUUGAGGUAUACGUGAAAGCCUACACGACCGCACUCCGUCAUUUCCCCAACCGCUCCAUCUGUGCCGCCUGUACCGCUUACAUUGAGAUGCUGGGCAGGGAUAGCUUGUCCCUUCGUAUUGACCUCCAGACCGCAAGGACCAUUGCUGACCAUCUCAAGGGUCAACUGACCCAUGCUAGCAGGUCAAAUGUCAAAGGUCAACAAGGGGUCGGUCUUGAGAAGAGCCUAAAGGAGAAGAAAGAGACAGUGGAAAGAGAUAUAGUGAAUCUCAUGAUGUCCUGUGUGAAAGGCAGUGAAUUGUGUUGCAAAACUGUCUUGCGAAAACUAGAAGAAGCUCUCACAAGCCACAUUGAUCAGGAGGCAAUCGAGAGGGUUAGCUGGAAGGCUGCUGAGGAAUGGAACUUAGCAGUGAUGUUCUGUCGUCUCCAUGGUAUUGCCAUGACAACGGUCUUCCCCAUGGAAUGUACCAGAGCAGACAACUGGCUUUUGUUCAUUUGCUUUGUCCAAACACACCAGUUUCCAAAGCAACAGGUUCUUGACCUUGUGAAGUCGUUCAAGAGCAGCACCAUCCGAGAGCACAUGAGCCACGCCCUCUCCCAUCUCCAGUAUGGCCCCGCCCCUUCGCAGGACAGCGAAACGGCAUCCCAAGGAGGCGUGGCCAGUGUCAGGUCUAGACUGCCAAUCAAAGACUACAGGACUGCCUACUAUACCAAGAUGGGAUUCCUCAAGGACUGCACAGAUGCCUCUGGAGAAACAAGUGACACAGAAGACGAAGAAUAUAAGUCUGGAAGUAGACUGGAGGCAUCGCAGGAGGAUGCUUCAUCUACUGAUGCUGAUACUGUAAUAGAUCAUGAAUUGAGAGGAGAUGUGACCCACGAGUUGUUUGAGAUUAUAUUCACCUGCGGGAAUCAUUCAGUUGCUUGGAAAGCUUUCCUGUCUUAUGCCAUCCACUUACAACAGCCGGUCCUGGCUGUGAUUGCAGCCUGUCAUCAGGGUGCAAAUAUUUUGGAUUGUUUAUGUUCCUGGCUCUAUACGUCACUCUCUGAUGACCCCAAUCUGGAGAAGGUCCUAGGUUCAAGCUCCCUCUACAAGAACCACUCCUGGAGCCUGGAUCAGCUUCGGGAUCUCAUCGAUAUCGCCAUGGCGACAGGCAGGGUCAAACUUCUCACCAAAGGAUUUCAAAUAUAUGACAAUAGAGGCGUGUUGAACUCGUUUCUUGCUUUCUGUGAAGAUUUUCUGCUUCUAAGAGAUAGAAAUCAGUGCAAGAUAGACCUAGAGUUCUUUCAUGAAGCCAUGCUUACAUGUCGACGUCGUAGUAGUAUGAGAAACCAGCCUGACCCUGGUCCAAGCAGGCCUAGGAUUGGCCAUCUGGAAUGGUUUCAAGAGACGGCCAAUCACAUUGCUCGUAACAUGCUCCUCUCCAGUACCAGCCAAUGGGAGAUCGGAUUUCUACUUGAAGCCUUCACAACCUUGAAUUUCUCCAGAUGUGUUGAUUCUAACGAUCCUAACUACAGCCGUCUAUAUCAUCUCCACAAGAGUCUUCAAGAUACGGGGCUAGUGCUCCCAAUAACCCAGAUGCUUGAUUCCCCUGAGGCUAUGGUCACUGAAUGCAAGGUGUUGCUUGACAGGCUUCAGGCAAUGGGAAGGUUUGACCAGGCAAAAGAGUUUGCUACGGCCGCUGGACUCUCUACUGACCAUGUGAUCAUACAAGAGCUCCUUAGUGACCUUAGGCAGGUCAUGAGGUCAGAGGUUGGGAGUACAGUUGCUGGAUGCAUUGCAUUCUGGGUAAAGUGCAACGAAAGGCUGACCAAGGCCAAAGUAGACUAUCAAUCAGCAGCUGAAUUCUUCCAGUCUCAAUCAGAAGAGAAUGAACUGACUGGUGAGAAACAUGCCAGAGAGAAAGCUAUCUUGCUAGACUUGUCCUACCAGUGGUUAUCUCAUCCAAAGACUACUGCAACUCAGAGUUCUCUGCGGUCACUCGAACAAAAAGUCUGGCUUUGGAGGCUUAGAGCUGAAGCCGAAAAGAAGAGGGCAGUAGACCCGUCUCCAUCUUGUCUGGAAUCCCAUUGUGCAGACUGGACACCCAAGUCUAGAGGUCCUCGAGAGCUCCUCUAUGAUGUACAACCAAUAGAUUCACCUGCCUACCAACUGCUCAAUGAAGAGGAGAGGUUAGCUCUCAAGGAUAUGAUCGAUGGCCUGCUGUCAAGCUGCUGCAUCGCCAAAGCCCAUAAACUAGCCAGUCAGUUUGGCCACUCCCACCACGAUCUCUCCAUCACACUGGCAUGCCUGCAGCUCAUGCAAGGCAAGGUCACACCAGAGGGCAUUGACCCUGAGCUGAGGUCAAAGGUCAAGGUAUCCAGCAGCAAACCCAAGCUGACCAGGCGGCCCAGUAAUCUGACCCUGCUGGGUCCUCCGUCAGGGGUGUACGGUGGUAGAUCAAAGAAACAGCUUGGGAGAACACCUAGUAUGGUCAGUCUUGGAAUCAAUCAAGAAUUGAGUUCGCCGCAGAAUGACGAUAUCUUGACCAUAAUGGAAGCCCUCUCUGACCAUACCACAUCGGCCAGGACAUGCUGUGACCGCAUUAUCAAUGUCUACAGGAUCUCACAGGUUUUGGACAAGCCAUAUGAUGUGUUGAUCAAACAAGUUCCAUUCACAUCGGUCAAAUCUCUUCUUCAGACUAGCCAUGCUGACCGCUACCUCCUGGCCAAAAACUUCAUCAGAGCAAACAAUCUAGCAGAUAAUGAGGUUGCAAACUUUCUCUCGGAUGUUGUUUUGAAUGGACUGCAGCAGAAAAUCAAGAGGAGAAAAGAGAGUUCAUUGACACGCCCUCCAGCGUCCGAGGGACCUCCUCCUGAUCGUAUUGAGAAGGUAGCCUUCAUGAGUUUAGCUAAGAUAUGUAAAGAUCCAGCAUGUCUGGGAACAAGACUACUAGAUGAGGCUAUACAGAUUGCCCACUCAGAUUUAAGCACGACAAGACCAGCCCUGACCCUGGAGGUAGAGCUAAUCAUCCGAGCUCAUGACUGCUUCACCCUAAGCUGCAACAUGGAAGGGAUCGCUUCGGUUCUCAGAGCCAGCUGUGACUGCUGCAACGCCCUCGCUCAGUCCGAAGAGUUUAGUCUCAUGGUACGGCUUCUGAUUGGUGUGAGAAGGUUCAGUGAGAUGACCUAUAUCUUUGAAAUUCUUCGAGCCAAUCAUCAAAUGGAUGCCCUUCUGAAGAAAGGAGCUAAUGAUGACAAGUUGAAAGUGGCUCUCUUGGACUUCUUGAAGAGAUGUGACCCACCAGACACUGAGACUUACGGCAUUGUUGCCCUCAAAUUUGAGAUGCAUAGAGAAGUAGCCAGCCUCCUAGAACAAGCAGCUCGGGAUAGACUUAAAACCCUAAAGUCUCGGACUAUGGAUACAAACAUUGAAAUUCAGAACAUCCUUGAGAAUGUUUUACACGAUCUGACCAAUGCUGCCAAGAAUUAUGCAAAGGACAACUGUUUACGGCAUGCCGAGAAGUGCAUAAAGCAAGCUCGUCUGGUGGCUCUUCAGAUUCGGCUUCUUCCUGUGAGGUCAAGGGUCAUCAACUUUGAACCUGCAGAGGUGACCAAGUUUGUGACCCAGCAUCCCAAGUUUCAUGAGGUAUUGAUAGUACAGGAUGCGUACCAGCAAAAGAAUGAAUGGUCAAGCGCCCUCUAUAACAACGUCAUCCUGCAGGGAAAUUUCAAGUACUUGGAAGACUUCCAGUCUUGCAUCCAGCUCACCGCUAGCCAUUGCACCGACGUUGCAUCCAGGUACCGUCAGUUGUCUAGUAAGAGCAGUCUGGUUGUGUCUCACAUGCAGCGCUUCUUAGGACUCUGUCCUGACGUCCUGACUGCUUACCGCCUCGCCAACCAGCUGGAGUUCAAAGACAUGGCGUUCAGCUUACUGAAGGGGGACGGUGGAGCCUAUCUCAGUGAUGUUGCUUAGAGGGAGUGGCACUCCUGUAUAAUGGAUACUUCUGACCACCUCACCAACUAGAUGGAGUUCAAAGACAUGGCAUUCAGCUUGCUGAAGGGGGACGGUGGAGCCUAUGUUUCUGAAGAGGAGUGCACUCAUUUAUAAUGGACACUGCUUACCGCCUUGCCAACCAGCUGGAGUUUAAAGACAUGGCAUUCAGCUUGCUGAAGGGGGACGGUGGAGCCUAUGUUUUUUAAGGGGAGUAGCACUC